AUGGGCUACCUAGACCCUCUCGUCUCUGGGUUCACCGCCGCAGGCGUCUUCGCGACUCUCACGCGCGUCGUCUUCGUCGUGCUCCUCGCUUUCUCCGGCUGGCUCAGCUGGCAGCUCUGGAGGUUCUUCCACCUCAGGCUCUUCAGCAACCUCCUCAAGCUGCCGUCGAAGCCGGGAACUCACUGGCUCAUCGGUGAUUUCGAAUCGUGGGAGGGUCGCUCACCGAUCCUUGCGAUGGAGGAAUGGAAGAGAGACUUGGGCACGCAUACGAUGCUCUGGCGAGACUUGGCUUGCAGUCCCAACAUGUGGACGGAAGACGUGCGGGCGAUAACCCACGUCCUGACACACUCGGCUGAGUAUCAGAAGCCGGAGCUCACCCGCCGCGCGCUCGCGGGAUUGCUGGGGAAUGGGGUGCUUGUUACCGAAGGUGAAGACGCUAGACGCAUCAUGAACCCUGCAUUCGGCCCCGCACAGAUCCGCGAGCUCACGAUCGUGUUCCUCAACAAGUCGAUCGAGCUUCGCGACGCGUGGGACAUCCAGAUCCCGGGGAACUCGUCGCUCCGCAUCGACGUCCUCAAGUGGCUCAGCCGCGCGACGCUCGACAUCAUCGGCCUCGCCGGGUUCAACUACGAGUUCAACGCGAUCAACCCGCGCGGGCCCCCGAACGAGCUCAGCGAGGCGUUCGGCCAGAUUUUCGACCCCGCGAACAGGCCGAGCGCGCUCUCCGGGCUGCGCAUCAUGACGCCCUUCCUGAACGAGCUGCUGCCCGACGCGGAGUCUCGCCGGCAGGCGAAGGCGCAAAGGGCCAUGCGGCGGAUCGGGAUGCAACUCGUUCAGGAGAAGAAGGCGGCGAUCGCUGCGGAGGGGACGAUCAAGGAUACGAAGCUCGAAGAGUCUGGCAGCGGAAUCGACCUCCGCGGGCGCGACCUGCUCACGCUUCUGCUCAAGGCGAACAUGGCGACGGACAUCCCGGAGAACCAGAAGCUAUCGGAUGAAGAUGUCUUGGCCCGUGACUUCCUCGUCGCUGGGCACGAAACUACCAGCACGGCGACUACGUAUUGCCUCUGGGCCCUCGCGCAGGAUCUUGCCGUCCAGGAUAAGCUACGCGAGGAGCUCCUCACUUUCGACACCGACACGCCCACGAUGGACGACCUGAGCGCACUUCCAUAUCUCGACAUGGUCCUUCGAGAGACCUUGCGUCUGCACGCGCCUGUACCGCUGACGUUCAGAGUAGCGACGAAGAACGACGUCUUGCCCUUCUCAGAGCCGAUCAUCGACAAGGAUGGGGUCGCCCACGACAGUUUCCAAAUCACCGAAGGCGACGGGGUCAUCAUCCCAAUCCUCGCAAUCAACCGCUCAGAGGCGCUCUGGGGACCUGACGCGAAGCAGUUCAAGCCCGAGCGCUGGGAGAAGGUGCCAGAGGCGGUUGCCGCCGUGCCUGGUGUGUGGGCGCACCUCAUGAGUUUUAUCGGGGGCCCGCGCGCUUGCAUCGGCUACCGCUUCUCCAUCGUCGAGAUGAAGGCGCUUCUGUUCGUGCUCCUCCGCGCCUUCGAAUUUGAGCUCGCGGUGCCGGCCGCGGACGUAGAGAAGCAGUAUACGAUCGCGGUCGAGCGUCCCGUCGUGGCGAGCGAGAGGGAGAAGGGAGGGCAGAUGCCGCUGCUGGUGAAGCGCUACCGUGCGCAGUCACCCUUCUAG